AUGAAGCUCGUAACUCCAUUCCUCCUCCUCCUCCUCCUCCUCCUGGCCCUCCAUCCGUCCGCAAGGCCCACCACGGCGGCGGCGCGUGACCUCUCCAACCUCCCCGACUCCUCGUCUUCCACGUCACCAUCCACCCCGCUGGCGUGGCGGCUGAAGCUGGACACGGCGGGGGGAAGAGGAGGAGAAGAGACGACGACGGGCAACUGCUGGGAGUCGCUGAUGGAGCUGCAAGCGUGCUCGGGGGAGAUCAUUCUCUUCUUCCUCAACGGCGAGACUUACUUGGGCCAAGGGUGCUGCCGGGCCAUCCGCGUCAUAGCCCACCACUGCUGGCCCAACUUGAUGGACACCCUGGGCUUCACCGACGAGGAGAGCGACGUGCUCGAAGGCUACUGCGAUCGAGCCGACGACGACGACGGUGAUGAUGAUGGAGAGGACGGUGGGGAUGGGGGUUCCAGUACUCCAACACCGACGACGCCAAACAUUCCGCCUCAUGAUCAUCACUCGCCGCCCCCGCCGGCUCCGCCAGCUCGUGUGGUGGCGCAGUCGGCAGGGCAUGAUGUGGUCUUGCCGGAGCAGGUCCGUGCGUUAUGA